AUGUUCCCCUGGUCAGCAGUUUUUUCUCUGGAGCCGAAGGUGCCUGGACAGCGUACGGCAGAAGAACUAGUCACCAAUACUCUGAUGCUGGAGCUGGGUGCCAUGGUGAAGCGCACUGAACGUAUCCGCCUGGAGAGGGUGACACAAGAGGGCCGGCGCCGACGCAGCUCCUCCUCUGCUGACUACAGAUGGCUGGCCACUGCCCCCACCCACCAACCCUACGAGCUGACCCCCCGAGACCUGAUAGAACUGCAGGACCUGUGUGCCAGGGUGCCACCAUCUCAGUGUGGCCCUGUCAUUGUCAGGUUCAGGAAUCUGGUGACAAAGACAGAGCCGGAAGUUUACGAGGUGGCUCGUCUGUUCCGCACGGUUCUACGUGACUGUGUGGAGGGAGAAGAGGAGAACGAGGAGAUGAGGACGAGGUCAGCCGGCUAUGACAAACAACGCAGCAAGAGCCUCUCCUUUGUAACCUUCCGCUCCAAGUUCCGCCCCGCAACCUUCAGGGGCGUGGGCCUGGGUGGGUCGCGCGGCAACCUGCAGGAGGAGUCAAACUGGUACGAGGAAGAGGUGGAGGAGCAGGAGGGAGCAGCGAAUGUGGCGAGAGCGGCCAGGAAGUGGAGGAGCAUGAGCAUGCCUGAUAUCACCCCCAUCGAACAGAGUGCACUUGGCUGA